AUAUUUUAUGGUCCCUUUUAUUUUCUAUGGUUUCCUUCCGGCUGAGUGCCUGCUAGCGUAUGCGUAGCAUGGUGUGUUAUUGCUUGAUAGUGUGAUUUUUCUAUAAUAAUGGGUUUCGUAAAAGUGGUCAAGAAUAAGCAGUAUUUCAAAAGAUACCAGGUAAAGUUUAAGAGGCGACGUGAAGGCAAGACUGAUUACUAUGCCCGCUUGCGACUUACAAGACAAGAUAAGAAUAAAUAUAACACACCGAAGUACCGUCUAAUUGUGAGGUUUUCCAAUAAGGACAUAACAUGUCAGAUUGCAUAUUCUCGCAUAGAGGGAGAUAAAAUAGUGUGUGCAGCUUACAGCCAUGAGUUGCCUCAUUACGGAAUCAAGGCUGGCCUUACGAAUUAUGCUUCUGCGUACUGCACUGGGCUGCUGCUGGCCAGAAGGCUGCUGAAGAAGUUUGGCCUGGACGAGCUGUACGCGGGCUGCACGGAGGUGACGGGCGAGGAGUACAACGUGGAGGCCGUGGACAACGGGCCCGGAGCGUUCCGCUGCUACCUGGACGUGGGGCUCAUGCGCACCACCACCGGCGCCAGGGUGUUCGGCGCCAUGAAGGGGGCUGUGGACGGGGGUCUCAACAUUCCUCAUAGCACCAAGCGUUUCCCUGGUUAUGAUACUGAAAGCAAAGAAUUCAAUGCGGAAGUGCAUAGGAAACACAUUUUUGGGCAGCACGUUGCAGAUUACAUGAGACAGCUUGCUGAAGAGGAUGAUGAGGCCUAUAAGAAACAGUUUUCUCAGUACAUCAAGCUGGGAGUUAAUGCUGAUGCUGUGGAAGAGCUGUACAAGAAGGCUCACGCUGCCAUCAGAGCUGACCCUGUACACGUGCCCAAGACCAAGGACCCGUCUAAGAUCGUGAAGAAGAGGUGGAAUAGGGCCAAGUUGACCCUCUCUGAGCGUAAGAACAGGGUGGCUCAGAAGAAGGCUUCUUGGAAAAAGAAGAUUGCGGCUGGGGAGGUGGAAUAAUAGCUUGUUUUGUUUGGCCAAGAUGAAAUUUGGUGAAUAAAGAUUCUUGGAGAAAUUA